CAGUGAGCCCCCGGCUCCCAGCAUGUCCCGCUCCAACCGGCACCGACAGCAUCAGCGCGGGGACCUCGUGUUCGCCAAGAUGAAGGGAUACCCGCACUGGCCGGCCCGGAUUGAUGAGGUUCCAGAGCCUGCUGCAAAAUCCGCUGCUAAUAAAUAUCAAGUGUUCUUUUUUGGGACUCAUGAAAAGGCGUACCUCGGUCCUAAAGAUAUCUUCCCUUACGAAGAGAGCAAGGAGAAAUUCGGCAAAGCAAAUAAAAGGAAAGGUUUCAGUGAAGGCCUCUGGGAGAUUGAGAAUAAUCCCACAGUAAAAGCGUCUGGCUGCCAGCCAUCUCGGAAAAAGAGGUCCUCGGCGAAAGCCACUGGGCAGGAAGCUGAAAAGGAUGAUGACCAGACCACCCCGAAGAAAAGCCCCAAGGCAAAUGUUGAUGACGAAGAGGAGGAUGAAGAGGAGAAACCAGAGGGGGAUGGUGAGAAGAAAGGAAAUGCUGAAGGCAGCAGCGACGAGGAAGGGAAGUUAGUGAUUGACGAGCAGUCCAAAGAGAGGAACGAGAAAGCUGCGGCCAAACGGAAAGCAGAGGACUUGGCAGAGAGUUCCCCAAAAAGAGCUAAAGCCGACGAUGACCAGGAAGCUGAGCAGCCCGAAAAGGAGGAACCCCCAAAAGGAACCACAAACCAAACGCCAGAGGCAGAUAGAGAGGUUAAAGAACAGAACAGUGAGCCCAUCAAAGCUGCAGAACAUGUAGAACAGGGAACAGCAGGAGACAAGCCUGCUGCAGAGGAGGACAGCAGAAAGGAGAAAGAAAGUGUGUAGCUGUCAUCAUCCAAUUCCAUCCCAGCUGGGCAGAAACGUAACAUCCUUUACCUUUUCUGGGAGUCCUGGGUGAUUUCACAAAAAAUAAACAGGGAAUAAACACUUCAUCAUCAGUUUGCAAGAUCUGCAACCCGUUCACCAACAUGGCAGCAUCUCGUUGUGGAGGGGAUAUCUGCAAACCGGUUCAUCACCUGCAAUCACAUCAAUAUACGUGAAAACAAUUGCUUUUUAUUGUAGCUUUUAGGCCACCCGUGUAAUCCCAGUAUCUCUGCUUCUCACUGCCAGGGGUCCUGGUAAGCUUGGCCCAGUUUCUCGCCAUUCAGCAUUUGGUGCCUGUUCUGUUUGUUGCUCAUGACUAGGCUUCUGCUCCUCGCCUUUUUUGGGGGGAGAAAAUUCUCUGCAAAAGGUUUUAGCUCUCUGUAGUUUUAAGGUAAAGCAGUUUCCAUCGCAGUGCUACAUCUGAAUAUCUUGGCUGGCUUCUGCUUAUAAACUGGGGUUAUACAAAGAUCAAGUGCUGAAACAGAAGGUGCUACAGACAAUAGAACAGAGUGGAUCCAAAGGGAAGUAUAUCUCUAUAUCUAGACAGGAGUAUGUGUAGAGAUCCGCUCACAUUGGAUAGAGCAUCACACCAGCUCUACCAUAUUGAACCUGGGCGGCACAAUCUGCAACAUGUAACACAGAAAUCCUUUCCGAUAAGGUUUUUAUGUAAAAUUGUUUGUUUUUAUUUGUAAUCUAAUCUCCUAUUUUUUUUUUAUUAUUAUGCUCCUGGAUUCCUUCUCAUCUGUGAGCACACUAUUCCAGUCAUAUCCAUAGUGGGGAUAUUAUCCACUAAAGCCUCGAGGACUGAAUAAUACCUAAAAAUGCUCAGAAAUAUUCUUUCCUACACUGCUCAGAGAUCACUACAUUUUACAUGAUACCGCUGAUUACAUCUGACUCAAAAAUAUCCAAGAGCGGGGAUUGUACCACUAUAUACUGAUCUAUUGGAGCCAUUCAAAGCUCUGCAUCAUGUGAGUGCAUAAACUAUAUACUUACACCAUUAUCCAUACUGCACUAAACACUAUUCCUGUGUUCUGCUCUGUUACGUAUCUUUAUUGUAAGAAUACAUCCUUCUAUCCUCAGACGGGCAUUGUUCCGCCCAGGUUUCAUAUAUUAGAGCUGGUGUCAUGCUCUCUACACCUAUUACUGUCCAGAUAGAGAUAUACGCCACCAUUGGCUCCUCUCUGUUCUUUUGUUUUACAUCCCUACCCAUCUGAAGCGCAGCAAACUACCUUUUGUAAACUGUUACCUUCUAAAAGCAGGGAGGUUGCUGCAGGCAGGGUAGGUCAGUCUGUCCAUUCAUGAGCUCUGUCAUCUCAAUUAUUUUUUUUUGAUUGCUUUCUGAUGUCAGCACGUCUAUGCAGAAUGACGGGUUUAAGUGGCCAUUUUCUAUUGCAUCCUUGACAUCUUGUUAAAACCGGUCACCGGAAACCCUAUUAGUAUGGUCCACAGUGCGUUGACCCCAAAGUGUGGCUACAAUAUGUGCAAUGGCUUUCUGUAAAAUCCCAUGGCACGUUACCGGUUUACGUAUGAAGUGGGCUGUGCCACUAUAUUUCCAGUGUUUUUAACGUUUUUAUUCCAAUUUAACUUGCUAAGAAUUGACUCCCCCUUCCCCCACAGUAUUUUAAGGUUUCAUUGAGAUUAUUUUAGUGAUUGCAUUAAGUGAAUGCUAUUAAUUCCCAUAGGAUUUUAAUAUUCAUCUGUUUGAUAAUGCUUUCCUGCCUCUGUAUGUUUUUGGAAUCCUGAUAAAUGGUGAUCUAAUGAUUUAAAUGACUCUUGCAUUAUGGUAACGUACAUGAAUUUAGAAUGUUAGUACUCUCCUCCACUAAACAUGCAAGGUGUAAUCCGUGAUUACAUAAUGCCUACAAGCUAAUCGCCUUAUAACGAGAUCAGUAUUCUCUAAAUGGGUCUUUUUUAAUAAUUUUGUCUCCUGCAUCACUAAUCACUGUUUAAACAUUAAAAUAGACGGGGUCUCGCCUUUGGAUACAUUCUCCCUUCUGCCCCGGCGCCAUUUACUCCAGUAUGCCGCCAGUUGCUGCUUGCAGCCCGUGUUUAAUACAUUGGUUUGCUUCUCACCAUUAACCAAGCGCUGACUGAUUCUGCCGCUAGCAGGUUAGCGAGUGCUCCAUGUUUCUCCGCUAAUACAAGGUUGCAGUCUGAUACAAAGAUAAUUCAUCGCUUAAUCCGCUUCAUAAAAAACUGCUUUAAACAGAUUUGAAAAUACAAAAAUAGAAUACAAUUUUGUAGUUAACAUUUGUAAUAAAAAGAAACAAAAAUGUAAAAAAAAAUCUGCUUUUUUUUCUGUAUUUUCCAUGACUUUGAAGAGUUGCUGGAUUUGUUUGUAUUUUCCCUCCAUAUGUCAGAGUUCUUUCUUGCUACGUGAUGUAAUCAUUGAAUUUGUAACAUAGAGAGAUCAAUACAUGGCCUAGCAAUCUCUUAUUUUUGUUUAUGCAGCUGUAAUGAAGGCAGUUGUUUAUAAUGUAGCUUUUGGUAUAGUUCUGAAAACUGUAGACGUCAGUUCUUUAGGACAAAUAAACAGAUUAUUAUUGUA